AUGAAUGACACUUUCAUGGUACACACUGGAAUCAACGAUGAAAAUGGUCUGUCCACAGACAAAAUUCAACUUCAGUUGAAAACAACAUUAAGUGAAGAACAACAUUCAACAAGCCAGACACCUUCGCUACAACUCGUGAUUUUACCAAAAACUCAAGAUGACAUUGUGUUUCCAAAUGUUAUCGAUCUGAAUGUUGGUGGCUAUCACUACACCACAAGUUUAUCUACACUGCGAAAAUACGAAGACUCAAUGUUAGCCGUUAUGUUCAGUGGUCGAUAUGAAUUGGUUCGAGACAAAUCAGGACAUAUAUUUAUUGAUCGUGAUGGACGUCAUUUCGGUCAUAUAUUGAAUUAUAUUCGCUGUGAUCAAAUGCCACCUGAAUCUAUGGCAUUAGAUGUCUUACGUGAAGCCGAAUUUUUUUGUAUUAGUUCGUUAAUAACUAAGCUUGAAAGUUCCAGUCCAUGUGUUAUAUCAUUACGCCGACGUGAAUCGUUUCGUCGUUUGAUACCUGAUUAUGAACAUUUGAAGAUGGAUAUUAUCAACAAGUCAGCUGAGAAACAUUCAUCAUUUCAAGAAUCGCGCGUCGUCAUUACACAGCUUGAUCAUACGAAAUUAAAGGGUACAAUACCUUGUUACAAUUGUAGCCGAGAAUUUGUUACAGUUAAUCAUGCGUGUGCUUUCGAUGGUCUUACAGCUGACAUACAAAUUCAACAACAAUUGAAACCUAUUCAGUCAGAUAUACAUAUUGAUAUGGAUAAACUCGUUGCCUUUGUUGUCGACGAAUUGGUCCAUGAUGGUUUCAAGGCUUCAAGUGAACGUGUAACAUGCCGUUUUAGUGUUCGAUGCCAAAGUUGUACCUUGAGCGGUUUAUAUACAGCUGGUGGAAUUUUAGCACCAAGAGAAUGCCAUAAUAUCGCCCAUGUUAUUAAAUUUGUCUGGUCUUAA